CCUGAAUGGUUAAAUAUGUUCUGUGCGAUUUCUAAAGGAUUGUUGGUAGUUGCUCGUUUUUUAACGUGAAAUUAUCUUAUGUAGGCUGUGAUUGUUGAAGAUAGGAUAACACGCGCUUGUAAUCAACGCUUUCGAUGUCGGCGACUUUCACACCGCUUCCUCCCUCUUCUCCACCAUGCGCCAUCAAGGCGACGCCAACCUCAACCAUUACACGCUUCCCCUCCUCAACUGUGCCUCGGAGAAUCAGAUUAAGCUCUGAGAAACCUUCCAUUCCCUCGCUAUCAGGAUUGGUCUCGCAGGUGAUGUCUAUUUGUGUAACACCAUGAUGGAGGUGUACGCUAGGAAUGGUUGAGUCCCCUUGGCCCGCCGGCUGUUCGAAGAAAUGCCUCUUAGGGAUGUGGUAACUUGGACGUCCUUGUUAUCCAGCUAUGUUAGCGCGGGAGACUCUCCCGAGGCCUUCCACUUGUUCUGCCAAAUGCGAGCGGAGGGUCUUGAGGUGAAUCAAGUCACAAUGGCGGUCUUGCUUCGAGCAUGCUAUGGUUCUGAAGACAAGGUCGCAGGGUGCCAACUACAAGCAUUUGCGAACAAGGCAGGCCUCCAAAGUCAUGAGUUGCUUCAAAAUUCAAUUUUGAGCAUGUUCAGUAGAUUGGCUUGCUUCGAAGAGGUCAUGAAGUUUGUCAUCAUUCAAAACAGGAGCAUUGCCUCUUGGAAUAUCCUCCUAUCAUCCUACUCUUUCAUAGGGGAUGUUUCCAAAGUAGUCAAGUGCUAUAGGAAGAUGAGACUAGAGGUGACUCCUAGCAAUGAGACUCUAACUUUGCCCAUCUCUGCAUUCGCCAAGUGUGAGCAUCUCCCUGGUGGAAGAGAGUCAUGUUGCAUGAUGAAUGCCAAGUGAAGAGCAACACCAUAUGGAGCAUCAUGAUGUGGGGCCUUAUUCAGAAUAACACCAUAUGGAGCAUCAUGAUGUGGGGCCUUAUUCAGAAUGGUGAGUUCUUGGAAGCUGUCAACGUGUUUGAAAGAAUGCAAAAGUCCGUAAUUAAGCCUUGUAAGGAUGCUCUAAGGGCCUUAGUUGUCGCAUAUACUAACUUGGGAGCUUUGUUGUUGGGUAGAGGAGUUCAUAAUCUUAUGUAGGCUGUGAUUGUGUAAAUAGAAUUUUUUUUGUAAAUAUUAUAGUUUUUGUAAA